ACGUAUUUUUUAUUUCGACAGAAAGAUCGAUGUCUAAUUGUAUAAACAACAAAAAUAUUCAUGGAAUUUGGAGAAAGUUUUCUAGCUUGCUUAUUAAAACUCUCGGAAGGGGCGAUAUCUCAAGCUUGCUUAAGAUUUCCGCAAGGGGCGAUAUUUCAAGCUUGCUUAAGCUUCCGCAAGGGGGUAAUAUUUCAAGCUUACUCAUUGGCUAGCGCUUGAGAACUCGCCGGUAGAAAAUAUUUUCAAGCUCGCUCAUUGGUUAACACUCAGAACUAUCUAAAGUGAAAGUAUCCAAGGGAGCUUGAGCACCCCUAAUUUUAGUUAGAAAACAGCUACGAAAGUAUUCGAACGUUGUUAAGCGUUGUGCCAUAAAGUUUCUUUUCUGAUUUUAUUUUGUCUUAUAUAUUUGUGAAAUAUCCUUUUCACGAUAUUAGUCGAUUAUAAAAAUUAAGUUAACGUUUUAGUAAUGUUUUAUUAAUAGUUUAAACAAAACUAACUUAAACAUUGUAAUAAUCGAUCGAAGAGCUGACUGGUUAUCAAGAGUUAUUUAUAAAUAUUUGCAUAUUUAUAUAUAAAAAGAAGAUACAAUGGGUAGAGAUGACGAAAAUAGUAAUUCAGAAGAUGAAAGGGGAAGAUCUAGAAGUUCCUCACAGGACUCUUCCGCUAGAGUUGAAAACGUGAAUAGGAGUAGAUCAAAUACUCGAAGUCCAACUUCAUCUCCAGCAAGAUCUAAGCCCUCUUCGCCGAUGCAAGUAGCAUCACCAGCAUCGUCAACUUCUGCACGUUCCAAUGCCAGUUCUAGAAAGUCAUAUUCUAGAUCUCGUUCACCUUCUAAAAGUCGUUCACCUUCUCCUGCAUCCAGUACUCGGAAUCUAAGAGCUUCCAGAUCUCGUUCCAAAUCUUUUUCUGAAGAACGUGCGUAUAGUGGUGAAAGGAAACAAAUCCAAUCACCCAGUCCUGCACGCUCUGGAAAAUCGUCUUCGAGAUCCAGGAGUCCAUCACCAAGUAAAUCCAAAGAGGGUUCACGUUCAAGAUCUAGAUCAAGAUCAAGAUCUAGAUCUAGAUCUAGAUCUAAUUCAGUAAAACCAAGUAAAAGUGCUUCCCCAAUGAAUUCCCGAUCUCCAUCAAGAUCCCCGUCACCCAGGGCAGCUUCUAGAUCGCGUUCUCGUUCUGGAUCAAGAAGAUCACGUUCUGUAUCUCCUAAUGCUAAUCGUGCAUCAAGAUCAAGAUCGAAAUCUCAUUCACAAUCAGGCUCAAGAAAAGGUUCUUGCUCGCCUAAAGCUUCAUUGGAAAAUUCUUUUUCCAAUGUUAGAAAGUCACGAUCAAAGUCACGCUCCAUUGAAAGCUUAAAGAAACAUUCUCCUUCAUCGAGAAAAAGUUCACACUCAAGAUCACCAUCGCAUUCAGGAGAUGAAAAGGCUAAAUCGAAGUCACGAUCCAGGUCUAGAUCUAGAUCUGGCUCUGGAUCUCGAAAACAAUCUCCUGUGGCAUCGCAUAAAGGAUCAUUAUCAAGAUCUCCAAGUCCAGGAAGAAAAGCAUUGUCAAAAUCUAAAUCUAGGUCAAGAUCAAGAUCAGAUUCAGGAUCGAGGAAAGCAUCUCGAUCAAGAUCAAGAUCCGGAUCAAGAAAGGCAUCUCGAUCAAGAUCAAGGUCUGGAUCAAGAAAAGUAUCUCAAUCAAGAUCAAGAUCAGCAUCAGGAUCAAGAAAAGCAUCCCGAUCAAGAUCAAGAUCAGGAUCAAGAAAAGCAUCCCGAUCAAGAUCAGGAUCGGGAUCAAGAAAAGCAUCCCGAUCAAGAUCAGGAUCAAGAAAAGCAUCACGGUCAAGAUCAGGAUCAGGAUCAAGAAAAGCAUCCCGCUCAAGAUCAGGAUCAGGAUCAAGAAAAGCAUCCCGAUCAAGAUCAGGAUCAAGGAAGAUAUCCCAAUCUAGAUCUAGGUCUGGUUCAAGAAAAUCCGUAUCCAGAUCUAAAUCAAGAUCGAGAUCAUUAUCAGGAUCAAGAAAAGGUUCCCCAUCUGGUGUAGCAUCAAGAAAAAAUUCACGCUCUAGAUCAAGAUCAGGUUCUAGAUCUAGCAGAUCUAGAUCACACUCUGGAUCGAGGAAAUCUGGUUCACGAUCACGAUCAGGCUCAAGAUCAAGAUCACCAUCAAGAUCCCGUUCAAGAUCGCAUUCGGGUUCACGAUCAAAAUCAAGGUCUAGGUCCAGAUCACGGACUCCUUCUAUUGCAAAGUCUGGAGGCAGAUCUCGCUCAAGAUCUGGCACCAGAUCGAGAUCAAGAUCGGCUUCAAAGUCUGUUAGAUCAAGGAGUCCAAGCAAAGAGUCAGAUAGUGGCGUAAAAAAGCGAAAAAGAAUACUCUCUGAUUCAGAAGAUGAAAAUGAUGCUGCUCAAAGUUCUAAAAAAGUAACUCGUGAAUUAUCCGAUAGUGAAGAUGAAGAAAAUGCGGAUAAAUCAGCUAAGAAAAAAGAUGAUGAGGAACCGAAAGAAGACGAAGAUGCAAAAAAAGAUGAAGAAGAAGUUAAUGUCAGAGAACAAGAUAAUGAAGAAUCUGAUGAUGAAAUAAUUCCUGGAGAGAGAGGAAUAGAUGAUUCCAUGUCUGAUUUUGAUCGAAUGUUGGCACGCAAAAAGGAGGAACAAUCACGCAGACGCAAACGUAAAGAUAUUGACAUAAUUAAUGAUAAUGAUGAUAUUAUUGCUCAAUUGUUAGCCGACAUGAAAGGCGCUUGUGAAGAAGAUAGAAAGUUAAAUCAAUCAAAUAGGCCAGCUACGAAUAAAAUUGCAAUGCUACCUAAGGUUUUAUCCCAAUUGAAAAAGCAUGAUUUGCAAUUGGCAUUUUUAGAGCAUAAUGUAUUAGCAGUUUUAACAGACUGGCUCGCUCCAAUGCCUGAUCGAUCAUUACCAUCUUUAAGAAUAAGAGACAGUCUCUUGAAACUUUUGUGGGAGUUCCCAAGAAUCGAUCAGUCAUCUUUGAAACAAUCAGGCAUUGGCAAGGCUGUAAUGUAUUUGUAUAAACAUCCCAAGGAAACUAAGGAAAAUAAAGAACGUGCUGGGAAAUUAAUCAAUGAAUGGGCAAGACCAAUAUUCAAUUUGUCUGCCGAUUUUAAGGCCUUAUCAAAGGAAGAAAGAUUACAGCGUGAUAUAGAGCAGAAACCUCAUAAAAGAAGAAAAGUAGAAGAGGAUGGAUCUUCUCUAAAAUCACAAGACAUUAAUAAAGCCUUGAAAGGAGAUUCCAAACCUUUGAGACCUGGAGAUCCGGGAUGGGUUGCACGAGCAAGAGUUCCUAGGCCAUCUAACAAGGACUACGUUGUGCGCCCUGAUUGGAAGUCAGAUGUCGAUAUAAGUAGAAGCACCAAAAAGCAAAUGAAUCGAUUUGAGAGGCAUAUGAAAAAUUAUAUAGAUAACAAAAAAAUGAAAUCAGCAAGAAGAGCUGUAGAUAUAUCGAUAGAAGGACGAAAAAUGUCCUUGUAAUAAUGUACAUAUUAGGGAAAUCAUAAACAAAUUUGAUUACAUCGAAAAUAUUAUAUUAUAUAUUGUAACGCGUUAAAUCUAGUUAGUUAGUUUUUGUUGAAUUGACAAAUUACGUACCUUGCACACAUAUUUGUGAAUUUUGUUGUACUUCACGUAAAACUCAUCUGCACAUACUUAUGCAUUUCGUUAGAACUUUAUGUAAAACCCAUGUGUACAUAUUUGUGUAUUACGUUAAAUAACGAAAUGUCAUUUGUAUAAUGCAAGAGGGUUCUUGUUUAAAAUUUAUAAAAAUUACAUUUUUCAGUUUUCGCAAUUGUAGCGGUACGUAAUGUGUUAAGUAAAUUUCUUUAUAAAAUGUGAUCUUUAUAAUAAGAUGAAGUAACGUUAUAAUAAUAAUAACAUAAUGUACAUUAGAGUAAACAUGAGCAUUAAUAUUAAUUGAUACUUUGUCAAAAAUUAUAGAAAUUUCAUAAUAAGAUUAGGUAACAACAAUAAUACAAAUUAUUAUUAUUAUUGUUAUAAUAGAGUAAUAAUGCAAUCUACAUUUCAAAGAGAAUAUUAAUAUUGAUUGAUAUUU